CGUUCGUUCUCGACCAGACAGAAAUCAGCCAAAAUGUUCAAAUUUGUUGUGAUCUGCGCAGUUUUGGGACUGGCGGUAGCCAAUCCUCCAGCUCCCCAUUCCGUGGGACGUUCCGAGGAUGUCCACGCCGAUGUCGUCUCCCGAUUGGACGAUGUUCGUGCCGAUGGAUUCGACUCCAGUCUGCACACCUCCAACGGAAUCGAGCAGGCCGCCAGCGGAGAUGUCCACGGCAACAUCCACGGCAACUUCGCUUGGAUCUCCCCCGAGGGCGAGCACGUGGAAAUCAAGUACGUGGCCGAUGAGAACGGAUACCAGCCCUCGGGAGCCUGGAUCCCCACUCCUCCCCCAAUCCCAGAGGCCAUCGCCCGCGCCCUCGCCUGGCUGCAGGCCCACCCACCAGCUCCCGAGCACCACCACUAGAACUCCUCCUUGAAAGCGGAUCGCACUUCGGACUGUUUCCUGGAUACCUUUCGACCCACUAGUUUAAGCAAUCUAAUUGAUUUUUUAAAAUACACGCAAUUGUUAACGGCAGUAA